UAAUGUUGGAAAAUAAAAUGAUUACUUUACAAAAGAAAAAUAUACAGAAAAUGAAUAAAAUUGAACAAAUCUAUCUGGAUUGUUUUGGUGAUUAUCGAUUACAAACAAAAGUAGAAAUAAUAUUGAAAGAAAAAACUAAACAAUUAGAAUUGAUGAAAAAGAAAUCGGAAAAAUGUAAAGAAACUGAACGAUUAAGACGAUUAUUGGCUAUCGGUAAUAAUAAUGAUAUUGGUUCAACAACAGCCAUAAAUCUACAUGAACAAUAUCGUAAAAUAACGAUCGAAAAUCAAUUAUGUCAAAAACAAAUAAACAUAUUGAAGCAAAAAAAAUUUCUUAUCGAAUCAAUGGAUACAACCAGAAUUAAUCGUAUCAAACAAUUGAUCAAAGAUAUUAAAUUUGUUAAAGAAUUAAAUAAUACAUCACCAGCUAAACAAAUAUCAUCAAUAUCACCGAUUAAUCAUUAUUACAAUCGAUUAUCAAAUAAUGGAAAUGUUGAAAAUUCUCCAUUAAAUUUUUCCAAUCAAUCAACAUCAUCAUCAAUAUCAUCAUCAUCUACAAUUGAUAAUAUAAGCUUAAGUUUUGAUGCACAAUUAAAAUUUUGAUAAAUAAAAAUAAUAAAACCUUGAAAAUCUA